GGUCAAAACUCGAUGCUUCCAAGCUGUCUUCCUUUGUACCUUAGUCAUCUGUAUUAAUGGUUAGUAGUUAUCCGUAAUUUAUCUCUUCUGUGUUGACUUAUGAACAGAUUGACAAGGACGUUAUGGACAAACAAAUCUUCUUUUACCCUAUGUGAGGUCAAUCGUGUGGUCAGCAUGUGACCUUUGCAUAAUGGCAAGGAAUCAUCUUCGUUGAGAAACCCGAUUCCCGAUUCAAUUGGAGAAUUUAUACCGCUUUAAAUCCUCGCAUUCCAGGAAUUCGUCCGGAUUCGAAGAAAUAUUCAAGCUGGCUCUGCAAUCGCUCCCGCUACAUGCUCGCCAAAGGAUCUUCCCCCUUUGGCUCUUUAUUUACUGCCAAAAUCUCCAGAUUCGGCGGCGGAAGCGCGCGAAACGACCUCGUUAUAGAAUCUGAGCUGUUGCUGCGGGUGCAUUUUGCUACUCCUGGUUCGUCGAUUUAUUUCCGGAGGAUAAACUUGGUAUCUUGACAGCUAAUGCGCUCUCGAUCGCCUCCUCCAACCCACUGGCGAAACUCUAUCCUUCUAUAUCAUCCCGCCCGAUUCAGAGCGCAGUGGGAGGCUUCUGAAUCUUCGCCUGCUUGCAUCUUGAGAUUGCUGGAGAUAUGGAUGGAACUGAUGAUAGGUACACAAAAGAUGGGACGACUGAUAUCCAUGGCAAGCCGGCUUUGAAAAAGAACACCGGCAACUGGAAAGCUUGCCCUUAUAUUCUUGUGAAUGAAUGCUGCGAAAGGUUAGCCUAUUAUGGGAUGAGCACAAAUUUAGUUAACUUUAUGAAAGAUCGUCUCAACCAAGGGAAUGCUGAAGCUGCAAAUAAUAUCACUAACUGGUCCGGCACAUGCUAUGCUACACCACUGCUUGGGGCUUUCCUGGCCGAUGCCUAUUUGGGAAGAUAUUGGACAAUCUUUACUUUCAUGAUAGUUUACAUCACCGGCAUGACUCUUUUAACCAUGACAGCAUCUGUGGAAGGUCUCAAACCUACUUGCCAUGACGGUGUUUGUCAUCCAACAAAUUUUCAAAAAGGAAUGGUCUUUCUAUCGCUUUACCUCAUCGCUUUGGGCACCGGAGGAAUCAAGCCUUGCGUUUCUUCUUUCGGGGCCGACCAAUUUGAUGAAUCGGAUGGAUCAGAAAAGAAAAACAAGACCUCCUUCUUCAAUUGGUUUUACUUCUCCAUCAACGUUGGUGCUUUAAUUGCUUCUUCUGUGCUAGUCUACAUACAAAACAAUGUAGGAUGGGGUUGGGGCUUUGGCGUACCGACGGUGGCAAUGGCGAUCGCAGUUGUGACCUUCUUCUCAGGCACUCAAUUGUACAGGCAUCAGAAACCUGGAGGAAGCCCGAUCACUCGGAUUCUUCAGGUUGUUGUUGCAUCCUUGAGAAAAUCUGGAUCAAAGGUAGCUGCUGACAAGUCUCUUCUAUUCGAAGUCCCUGAAAAGGAAUCUGUGAUACAAGGUAGCCGUAAGCUUGAAUCUACCGAUGGAUUUAAGUUCUUAGAUAAGGCUGCAGUCCUCACUCAAGACGACAAGGACCGUUUCAGCUCCUGGAGACUCUGCACUGUCACCCAAGUCGAGGAGUUGAAGAGUAUACUGAGGCUUCUUCCGAUAUGGGCAAGCGGCAUAGUGUUCUCGGCGGUCUAUAGCCAGAUGGGAACUAUGUUUGUACUCCAAGGCAACACUCUAGACCCCCACAUCGGCCCCAACUUCAAGCUCCCUGCAGCGUCGCUCUCCAUUUUUGAUUGUAUCAGCGUGAUCAUCUGGGUUCCCGUCUACGACCGCAUCAUCGUGCCAGUUGCUCGCGAGUUCACCGGCAACCAGCGGGGCUUCACUCACUUAACUCGGAUGGGCAUAGGGCUCCUCAUCUCCGUCUUCUCCAUGAUCGCUGCAGGCAUUCUCGAAGUUGUGAGACUCCGCGUUGUUGCAAGUCAUGACAUGUAUGACUCUGAUGGCUACAUUCCGAUAUCGAUAUUCUGGCAGGUCCCUCAGUACUUCAUCGUGGGCGCAGCUGAGGUUUUCAAAUCGGUCGGACAACUGGAGUUCUUCUAUGAUCAGGCACCUGACGCCAUGAGGAGCUUGUGCUCCGCGCUUGCGCUCACCACCGUGGCGCUCGGCAAUUACUUGAGUACCGUGCUUGUCAUAUUAGUCACAAAAAUCACGACCAAGGAUGGGAAAUUUGGAUGGAUUCCGGAGAAUCUCAACAGAGGCCACCUCGAUUACUUCUUCUGGCUGUUGGCAAUCCUCUCCUUGGUGAAUUUUGCGGUAUACCUCCUUAUCGCAAAGUGGUACACCUACAAGAAGACAACAGAUGACGAGGUCGUGCUAGUUUGAUUCAAUUAUAAUAAUGCCUAGGAACUUGAGCUGGAGUAAACGAGAUCGAAGUGCGUGUUCAUUUCUUUCCAUGUUUUCUUAUUCUGGAGACUACUUCUUUCUAUUUUCUUAAGCUUGUGUAAAUUUGUUCAAGUUGCUAGCUGAAGUUAGAUAAGCAAUUUCGGUACCUGAAUCUUG